AUGCUUCAGUUGAAGAAUCUAAAGAGCGAUGUGAUCGAUGUGGAAGAUAUCGAUGCUGUUGAUACCUCUGUGGCCACCUGGACUUGCUCGGUUUGCACCCUUUGCAACCAGUCAAAGCAGGCUCUUUGCGAGGCUUGCGGAAAUCCGAAGUCACAAGGUGACUCGAAUGACUCCACGGCUGUGUUUGCAACCGAAGUUCAGUGGGCAUGUGUCAGAUGCACGUUCUUAAACACCUUCACAGCGAAUGCGUGCGAUGUUUGCCAAGAAAGGAGACCAAUGGCGACGGUGACAGAGAAGAAGUGUUCGAAUCAAACAAAUGCAGUUCAGACGCCCAUAGGUGGUGUGUCCACAACUUUGGGCAGCAAUGCUCCUACUACAGUUUCUGAGAAGGGAGCAACGUGUGAUUCGAUGUGCAAAACUACAAGAGGUGUGCCGAAUGAUCUACAAGCGGCAUUGCAUAGACUGGUUGACUCAGGUUCAUUUCGUUCAGGCCAGCUGGAAGUGGUUCAGGCCCUGCUUGCAGGAGAGGACGUCCUCUAUGUUUUUCCUACUGGUGCUGGUAAAUCCUUGUGCUACCAGCUACCAGCACUGCUUUCGAAAGGGAAGUUUGCUUUGGUAAUCUCUCCUCUCAUUGCCUUGAUGGAGGACCAGAUCCGAAGUCUUCGAAAGCGCGGCAUUUCUGCCGUAGCGCUGCAUUCAGAGCUUACAGCAGUCGAGCGAAAGGACAUUCUUGCAGCCAUUGGACAACAACAGCGACCAAGAGAAUUGAAAGGAUUCUUCACGCAGUCGGCCAAUGCACCCAAACUGGUCUAUUUAUCUCCGGAGUUGGCAACAUCUUCGAACUUUUCAGAAUACUUGCGUCUUUGGUCGGCGCAAAUAGCAUUGGUGGCCAUUGAUGAAGCGCAUUGUGUCAGCAAGUGGGGCCAUGAUUUCCGGCCAUGUUAUCGCAACUUACACCAAGUUCGAUCUCUGCUGCCUACAAACAUCCCUUGGGCAGCUUGCACAGCGACUGCAACUGCAAAGGUGAGAAGUGAUGUCGCCGAAAAUCUGGGGCUCAAAGGCAGCCCUUUGAGAGAGGUCUUGUUGCCCUUUGAUCGACAGAACCUCCGCUACGGAGUCAUCCAGAGGAGAGAAGAUAGCAAGUACACACAACCAGCCUAUGCAGACUUGAUCACUUUGACUUCAUCCCAGCCACCGGACAGCAGUGGCAUCAUCUACUGCCAGCGGCAGAAAGACUGCGAACAUGUUGCCGAAUUGUUGCAGGAGAAUGGAAUUUCCGCUAUGCCCUUUCAUGCUGGCCUUUGCAAGAACAGGAAGAGGGCUGCUUUUGAAGCCUUCAUUGGGAAGCCCUUCGAAGACAAGACCGCAAGGAAUGGGAAGGCAAAGAAUGCCAAGACUGAGACUUCGCCGGAGAAGGUUCGUGUCUUGGUGGCCACGAUUGCCUUUGGCAUGGGAGUUGAUAAGGCAGACGUGCGUUUCGUCUUCCACGCGGCGCCGCCGAAAUCACUGAGUGCCUAUUACCAGGAGAGUGGGAGAGCAGGAAGGGAUGGAAAACCUGCACUCUGCGUGAUGUUCUUCACUGAGAAUGAUUUCUCUGUUGCAAAGCAGCUGAUCACAUCAAGAGGUGCCUGGAGUGGUGCCAGCGCCACCAGCGAAAUCGCUCUACAAGAAUUGCAAGCUGUGCCUGAGACGAGUCCUGAAGUUUUGAAGUCAGCAGAUCCAGCAGAUCCAGCAGAUCCCAGCUUAGGUCUCCAACUCCAAGAGAACGCAGGGAACGGCAGAGGAUUCCUGCUGAACUACCGAGUCUACAACCAGCGUCCAAAGCCUUUCCUUUGGUGCAUCAAGGCUCUGACCAAGCCGGUGGGAGCUUUGGGUAGCACGGCCGAGAAGCCCUGGAUCAGGCCGCUGGGCUGCAGCCACGGGAGUGAGACUUGUAAACAGAGUCGUUCAGAACACGAAGAUUCCGCAGCUUUUCACAUGGUGAAAUUUUAG